AUGACAGACGUUGAUGCCUAUCGGGAUGCGGAAUACAUCGCUGACGUGUCCGGCAUAUCCUAUGACGAUGCGGAGCCUCCCAGGCCAACAGGCACGCUGAGAAGCCAAAAUGCGCGUGUGAAGAAAAUAAAGUCGACCGCCAAAGUCGCCUUCAUUGAUCGAUUGCUGCGCGAUCUCGACAUAUUAAUUUAUUGUCAACUCUCCGCCCUGUAUUACAUGGACUGCUCGAUUGUCUUAUUUGCCAUACGUGCCAUCGUCGAAUUGAUCUUCUUCACGCCCAAAGCACCCCCUUUUGAACCCACACGCAGUCAGCCGUUUGUCGGCGCCAUCAUCGGCAGUAACCUCAUCUGCAUGCUCUUCCAUGCCUUCCUGCGGGUGAAGACUAAUGGAACACCCACCCCAGCGCCUACAAUGCCGAAUCCAAAUCCACCCGCAGAUACGCCCGCAGAUACAAGCCCAAAUGCGGAAGACUCCCAGCCACAAGACCAUGAUGCUGAAGAGCGUGGCGUUUUACGACAAGAGGAUAGCGAUGAAACAGUGUCCCCCGCCCAGUAUAGUUCCGAUUCACAUCACAGUAGCGGCAUUGACGAAGAGGUCGAAGAAGAGCGCACGACGCUCUUGGCCGACCCGGCGGACACUGAAUCUGGCAGUGGUGCUCGGGGCGAGCACCCGAUGGAUACUUUCGCUGCUGGUGAGGCUGUCAUUCUCAGUAUGAGCUUCCUAGGUACAAUUCGUGAUCAGUGGCGCCAGUCAAAUUCGGCGGCACGACCGACGUCAGGCUUUGUGCCAUCACCCGAAACGGCAACGUUCCUCCGGCAGCGCUUUGGUCUCCAGGUUGGGACUAAUGGUCGCAUAGAGCGUGCGAAUACAACAUGA